UUUCAGGUACAGGCCUCUGCACGGUGACGGCAGCAACUUGUCCAGCAAGUUACAACACGUAACAUGUAACUGAAGAAAACACAGACACCGCAAGGUCGUGAUAAGCCUCAAGAAGCAGCGGCUCUCCGGCUCUCAGGUCGGUGUCCCCCCGUCUCUGUGCACAUCCUGGGUAGCGGCUGGUUUCGCUCCCAGCGGAACGGCAGCUUGCCAGAUGCUGUCCCGCCGCAGCUGUUACCCUUCCCCGGCUGCAGACAGAGGGCCCACGUGGAGUUACGCUCAGCAGUUUCAGUACCACUGAAAUCCAGCUGUGCUCAACUUCGCUGAGUUUCUCAACAACCAUCAGGAGCCUUUGAUGGGACGUUCCGACCUCCUGCUCCGUCCCUCUUCACCACUAACACCAGUGACCAGGCUGCGGGAGGUGUUACCUUCAGCUCCAAAGCACCGACCUUACAGGAACCCCUUCCACUGCAUGCUAUGGGCCUGUUGUGACACCAUGACGGAUGGAGGAUGUCAGUCCGGCGGCGGGAACAGGAGGCCCUGCACUGCCGUCCCUCCGUCACCCCUGACCUCCACUUUGUUCCAACUUAAACACUGUCACAAAGCCGGGAUUCAGCAGCCGCGGGCCUCUGGGCCGCAGCACGUAGGUGAUGGGGAGGAGGUGCGCUCAGCAGCCAAAGCCAACAGUCCAGGUGGUGUGUCAAGACCAGUGCUGAAGCCCCGUUAAACAAGCUCCGGAGUCAGACACCCGGGUUGCUCUCCACAACAUGACGCAGCAACAGACCUCCUCGACUUUCCCUGCAGAUCGUCCUGGCAACUGGUUUCCAACCGGCAUGUGUCUAGACUACAUGUUGUUCACAUGCGCGUUGGAAUGGAGCGUGAGGAGUUUCCGAGGGAGAUGCCUUCGAGAGUUUGAGGUGAGAGCAUCUUUUACUCGGUUGCGGGGGAUAAAGGGGACAAGCUGGAAGUCGUCGGGAAUGUUCAGCGGGAAAUAAUACACCGAAGGGAACAUGUCGGGAGCAUGUUUUGGCUGUGAAAGCCGCUGCAGAGCAACGCGAGGAGUUUAAUCACGGGCACUCCGGCAAACAACGUUUAGGAUUCAAGAUUCAAGAUUCAAGAGAACUUUAUUUAUCCCCAGGGGGUGAUCAAGCUGCCGUGAGUGCUCCUCUUGCCGGAUGAAGAUGGACCCGGCGGCCGCGUGCGUCCUCCAGACCCUGCUGGUGCUGAUGACCUUCCGCCAUGUCGCCUCCGUCUCUUGCCCCCGGCCCUGCUCCUGCCCCCAGCCCACGGAGCUCCACUGCACCUUCCGCUCCCUCAUCACCGUCCCGGCCGCUGUAUCUAAAAAUGUGGAGCGCAUGAACCUGGGGUUUAACAGCAUUAAUACGAUCACAGACAAAUCCCUGGCGGGUCUGAGGAAGCUGGAGCUUCUGAUGGUCCAUGGAAAUGACAUCCACACUCUACCUGAUGGGGUGUUCAGGGACCUUGUGUCAUUGCAGAUGCUGAAGGUUAGCUACAACAAGCUGAAGGAGCUCAACAGACACACCCUUCAGGGUCUGUGGUCUUUGGCCAGGUUACACCUGGACCACAAUCGACUGGAGUUUAUCCACCCAGAUGCCUUCCAGGGCCUCACAUCCCUGCGACUGCUGCAGCUGGAAGGCAACCAGCUUCAGCAGCUGCAUCCAGCGACAUUCACCACAUUCACAUUAAUGAGCCAGUUCCACGUCUCCACCCUGAAGCACCUCCACCUGUCAGACAACAGACUCACGUCACUACCCUCAGGGCUGGUGGCGACCAUGCCUCAGCUGGAAAACUUGUAUCUCCAUGGGAACCCGUGGACCUGUGACUGCAACAUGAGGUGGCUCUAUGACUGGGAUAAAUCCUCAUCAGGUGUUUUGAAAUGUAAAAAGGACAAAGCCCUUCCUGGUGGCGAACUGUGUCCUAUGUGUUCCUCUCCCAGGCACCUGGAGAAGAAAGAGCUCCAGGCUGUGGAGAACCUGGUAUGCAGCAGCCCUGUCAUCACUUCUCCUCACAGGACUUCCCCACCCGAGGACACCGAAAGUGAGGUCAUGACCUCAGACAACUUCAGGGAACCAUUUGGAAACAUGUCACUAGGCUUGUCUGAUGAACAUGGAAACGAGGUCGAUCUGCAGUGUAGUGUUGGUAAACCAAGAGAGAUUAACAAGAUCAACUGGGAGCAGGUCAACCAGUUCCAGCUGGCCUCCAACAUCACUUUAUCAGUGGAUCUUGAAUGUCCUGUUGAUAGAGAAAAGUAUGAGCGACUGUGGAGGCUAAUCGCUUACUACAGCAAUGUGCCAGCCCACUUACAAAGGCGGGCUAUGCUCAGCAAAGAGCCGCAUCCAACCUAUGUGUAUAGACAGGACUCUGAGAAGGAUGCUCUUUACUACACAGGUGUUAAAGUUGACGUCAUGGCCCAGCCUGCAUGGCUGAUGCAGGCAACUGCAGACCUUCAGCUGAACAGACUUCAAUCAUCAGCCAAGAUAGUAAAAUUGAUCCUCAGCACGGACCUGUCAGAGACGGUGGCGGUAGAGCAGGCGCGGAGACAGAAAAGGACAUGGGUCUUGAUCGAGUCAACAAACACAACCCAUAAAGUGUUGAGUGCCAUCCUGGGAAGCCAAAGUCAAAUGUACUGUAACGUGCACAGUUCUGGUCAAGCAGUUAUUCAGUGGAUGCUACCUGAAGGCUCCAAAGCGGAGGCACCGUACAGCAGUCCAGACAACAGGGUUUCUGUGUCCAGUGAUGGAAGGCUGGUCAUUAAAUCUGUCAGCCACACAGACUCAGGAAUUUACUACUGCAUUGCCAAGGUUCACGGAGACCUGGCUGUUUUGUCAUUCUAUCUGACGGUGCAGGAAUCCUCCAGCCCCGCCCCAGGAGAGGAUUCCUCAAUUACACCCACGGAGGUAUUUGCAGGGAAACCCGUUUCCUUGCCUUGCAGGGCAUCUGGCUCUCCCGAUGCUGAAAUUGACUGGAUUCUACCAAGCAACAGCGUUGUUAGUUUUCAAGCCAAAUCCUCCAGAGCUUUCGUCUAUUCCAACGGCACUCUACACAUCCCACAGACUCAAUUAUUAGAUAGUGGCUAUUAUAAAUGUAUUGCCAUGAAUCAACACGGCGUUGAUACACUCUCUGAAAAAAUCACAGUUGUGAGGCACAAAGGGCUCCUUAGACCUUUGAGGAAGUUUCCAGCGAGACCUCAGUCAGCCUCAGGGGUUAACACUCAGAUUAAAGUCCUGACAGAUGAUACAGAGGAGGCAUCAGGGGACAUCGAGGUUACUCGAGAAAUGUCUCCAGCGAUCCGGCAGGAUCCUUUGAAAAGAAAAAUCCCAGGAGGUGUGGUCCCAGGGAGGAAGGGCAUUCAUCCAUCAAGGAAUAUGUGGCGGAGGCCACCAGUGCUUCGAAAACCAACAGGAUCACACGUUGAAGACAGGAAACAAAUAGUUGAGAGCAGGAGGAGGAUUAAUGUGUCAAAGAGUAAAAUUAGCCCAGAGAAAUGGGCCGAUAUUUUGGCUAAGAUUAGAGAUAGAAAUGCUCAGAAUACAGAAACAUCACCUCAGCACUCAAAUGAGAGUAGACUGACCGAGCAGGCAACACAGUCAGAGCAUAUUGUUGAAGGGUCAUCAGAUGGCGUGACUGUGCAGGAGAAAGAGAGCCAAGAUGACCUCUCAACACCACACACUCCAAUUCUACAUACACAAAUGACAACUAAUAAACACAGCACACAAAGUCAAGGCACCCAUGACACAUCUGACCACGACGCCGCACAUAAUGCACAUGAAAUGACAUCAAACAGUCAGCGCACACAAAUCAUACAUACAACAACAGAGCCACACACUAUGCAGACUACCUACAACAUAAGGCACACAAGUCAUGAUACAAACUUGGAUCAAUACAAAACUUCAACCAGUGUACUUUCCCUCCCACAGACCACAUCUGUUCCUUUACAUGCUGUCACUUUCUGGCAGGCGAACUCAAACAGUGUAAGCAGCAGUACAUUUUCUCUACGAGACAACCAUAGCACAGAUACAGAUGUUAAUGCUGUCACAACAGCUGAUCGGUCCAAGGCAUCUGAGAGGGAUGAGAAUACAGAUAAACCGAAUGUCGUUGCCAGCUCUAAUAAUCCCGGAGAGCUUUUUUCAAGUGGAAGUCAAAUUAUCCCUUCAGUCAAACCAAAUGAAUCAGGGACAAGCCAAGAAGAAAAUGGAAAAUAUCUCAGUGAGACUACAACAAUAUCACAGCUGCAUACUCAGCCAAAGGACAUUACACAUGAUGACUUGCAGUCUCAAGCAAUGCUCACAACAGCAUAUCUAACAACUACCCCUGUGCCCACCACAGCAAGGAGUCAACCCGGAGCACAAUUGCCCCCGGGCCUCCAACGGCCUAACUCCAGGGGAAGGAAUGGGAGUCGGAGGAAAAGACCAGACAGAAGGAAACAAAAGCAGAUUAAACCCACCCAGUUUACUGCCACCACCCCUGCAAAUGCUCCCCUAGCAACAGUCAGGACCACUGCUUCCACAUAUCUAAAAAUAGAACCAUUAGAAGUUACAACAGCCAAAUUCAAUACCACUGUUCCAUUCACCAGCAGCCAAGCCGCGUCAUCAGGCAGACUGAGUCAUAAAGAAAGCACAGUCUCCAGGCAUGACAACAAGCCAACCACAAAACCCUCUUCGCUUCCAACUUCUCCCCCCAAAACUAAGGACCACAUUCAACCCAUUGCCGAACCACUACUCAAAAGCCCAUCAGUGGCACCAUCAUUUCCAACAGCCUCUCCAGCAGUGGGUCACGGAAAGACGGCUACUCAAACAGCCUUGAGUAUCUCAGAGAAUGCAACUCCCCCAGAGCAUUUUGAUGUGCUCACGUCAGACACUCAGCAGACAUUUACAGGCAGCCCUCUUCCACCUGUUAGACUUUUAGAGACACAAAGGGCAACUGUUACAGGAGGCCUUGGACCUGUGCCCUUUCCUGACAAUUCCUCUGUGGGUUUUUACACUGCAACAGCGCAAACAGAUGUCCAAGACAAUCAAUACACACCCACUGAAAUGGACAGUGGAGAGAGGCUUGUGAAAGAAGCUGCCUCAUCUGCUUUCAUGAUUGAGCAUGAAAUCAAGCCAACAACUGGAUACACUUCGAGUGGCUUUAUUACAACACCAAGUUUGCUUUUUGAGGGCGAUUUGGAGACAGAACAGGUUACCACAAGGAAACCCAAACUGUCUGAAAGAUAUUAUAAUAGUUCCAGUCAACAUAACACCCCGAGCAAUGAGACAGAGGUAGAUCAUAUUAACGAAACCAGAAACAUAAUUUUAAUGGACCCUUCUAUCACAACUACCACAAUAACAACAGCUCCCCCUGCUACCUCACCAAAACCUGAUCCUGUGAUCCCAUCCAAAGAGGUGUCACAUGUCACACUACCCAAAAUGUCUUCAACAGGAUCAAAAGUGAGACUUUCACUGAAUGGCUCUACCCUGGAGGCUCCUGGGAUCCCAGGCAACCACAGUCAAGACCAACAAAUCAAUCAUACCAUCACCACAUCAGAGCCUAAAAGAAUAUCAGACUAUCAUCGUACAACCCAGACACCUGACCACAAACUGACAUCCCCAGCCUUAAAACUGACCAGUGGGCAGACAAUUAAGCAGAAGGCCACUCCUGCCCCAGCAAUCACUGCAACCCAAACUAAUCCAUUCAGAGAGCAACUGCUAACAAGUACUCAGGAUGUAUCCAGAAUGCACCAUCUACCUGGACAAGGAUCUAUUUCAAGAGGGAAGCCAAGGAUAACUAAGAGCAAUUUCCAAACGUUCACUGUGAAAGCUGAAACAGAUGCUCAGCUUCCUUGUGAGGCUGAGGGCGAGCCAAAGCCCUUCCUGUCAUGGACUAAUGUUGCCAGUGGGGCAAGCAUUGCCCAGAACACCAGGGUUCAAAGGUUUGAGGUCCAUCCAAAUGGUACAUUAAUCAUCAGGAACACACAGCGCAUGGACGGGGGCCAGUACCUGUGCACGGUCCAGAAUCAGUAUGGUACAGACAAAAUGGUGGUCAACCUUGUGGUCCUGACUCAGCAUCCCCGGGUGCUCCAGCCUCGAAACAGAGACAUCACAGUACAUCUUGGUGGAAAAGUGGAUUUGGAGUGUAAAGUGGAGGGACACCCUAUGACUAAAGUGGUAUGGGUGCUCCCCAACCAUGUUCACAUUGCUGCUGCCCCAAUGGGUCUGCCCCUGCAGCAGCGUGUGGCUGUCUUAAGGAGCGGAAGUCUCCGGAUCAGCCAGGCUAGUUACACAGACAGUGGGAUUUAUAAGUGCAUGGGCAGCAGCGCAGCUGGAACUGACACUGUCUCAGUCCACCUUUAUGUUUCAGCAUUACCACCUGUGAUUCAACAGACACAAAGUGAAAACUCCACCUUCCCAGAGGGCAGCAAUGUCUACAUCCACUGCACCGCCACAGGUGCCCCUCAACCUGUCAUCCGCUGGAUCACACCUGAUGGUGCACAGCUCACCGCUUCCCAGUUCUUUAAUGGACACAACCCUAAGGUCUUCCCUAAUGGGACCCUCUUCAUACAGGGACUGGGCCCAGGAAAUGCUGGGAGAUACGAGUGCUCAGCCAGUAACACAGUGGCAUCAAGCAAGAGAACCGUGACCUUGACCACAAGGAAGAAUCCGUCCUCUUCCAAGGCCAGUAUCGCUUCAUCAUCCCCCCAGAGAACAGACGUGAUCUAUGGUAGUAAGCUGCUGCUUAAUUGCGUGGCAACAGGAGAGCCAGAGCCAUGGAUCAUCUGGAGGACACCCUCUAAGAAGCUGGUGGAUUCUCAGUACAGUUUUGACCCCAGGAUCAAAGUCUUUCUCAACGGCACUAUAACAAUUCAUUCUAUGACUGACAAGGACAGUGGUGACUAUCUGUGUGUGGCGCGUAACAAGAUGGGGGAUGACUAUGUCCUGCUGAGGGUCAAUGUGCUGACAAGGCCAGCCAAAAUUGAGCAGAAGCAGCAGCGAUCCAGACAGGAGGUGGUGUACGGUGGCGACUUGAAGGUAGACUGUGUGGCCUCUGGGCUUCCCAACCCUGAGAUUAGCUGGGCACUGCCGGAUGGCACCAUGGUCAACCCAGUCAAACAGAGAGACCGUGUCAGUGGAGGACGCAGUCGCAGGUACCUGGUGUUUGACAAUGGGACCCUGUAUUUCAAUGAUGUCGGCAUGCCAGAAGAAGGUGACUACACCUGUUAUGCCGAGAACCAACUUGGCAAAGAUGAGAUGAAGGUCAGAGUGAAGGUUAAAGUUGCAACUUUCCCACCACAAAUCCAAGACAAAUAUAAAAAUAUUGUCAAGGUUUUCUAUGGGGAGACUAUUACACUUAGAUGUAAUGCCAAAGGGGAACCAAUGCCAGUCAUCACAUGGAUAUCGCCUACAAAUAGAGCAAUCUCCCCUGCAUUAGACAAAUAUCAGGUCCUGGAUGAUGGAACAUUGGUGGUUCAAAAGGUCCAACGUUUUGAUGGGGGUAACUACACCUGCAUGGCCAGGAACAGUGCAGGACAAGACCAUAAAGUCAUCAGACUGGAGGUCCUAGUAACACCUCCAAUGAUCAAUGGCCUAAGAGAAACUGCCAGUGCUAUCAAGAUAACUGCAGUCCAGGAUCAGCGGAAACUGGUGGACUGUGUGGCAAAGGGAAUACCAACCCCUCGCAUCAUGUGGGUCCUCCCAGAAAAUGUGAUCCUCCCUGCACCAUACUACAGCAACAGAAUGACAGUUCACAAGAAUGGUACCUUAGAAAUCCGGUCAAUCAAGAGGACAGACUCAGGGCAACUGGCCUGUAUUGCUCGGAAUGAAGGAGGGGAGGUCAGGCUGGUCUUUAAUUUGGAUGUGAAAGAGAUUGUUGAGAGGCCUCAACUUAUAGGUCCCAAAACAGAUAGCCUGUCACUGACUGUGGGGAAUGCCAUGGCUUUGAAUUGCUCCUUUGAGGGCUCAACACUACCUCACGUCACUUGGAUCUUACCGAAUGGCAAGCCUUUACUUAGCGGUGCCAGAUUCUCUAAGUUUUUCCAUCGGCCCGAUGGCUCCUUGAUCAUCAGUAAUCCGUCUGUUGGUGAAGCUGGUAUGUACCGCUGUCUGGGGCAAAAUUCUGGUGGGCUUGUGGAACGUAAAAUCACAUUAUCCCCGGGAAGAAAGCCAGAGAUCUCCAACAGAUACAACUCUCCUGUUAGCGUCAUGAAUGGGGAAACACUAUUGCUCCAUUGUCUAACCAAUGGCGAACCUCUCAGAUUAACAUGGACACUACCCAGUGGGGUUGUCCUCAAUAGGCCGCAGAGAGCUGGACGAUACUCUGUACUGCCUAAUGGGACGCUUGCAAUCCAAAAAGUAUCAGUCUAUGAUCGGGGGUCCUACAUAUGCCGAGCUGCAAAUGAGUACGGUAGCGCUCUGCUUUCUGUGUCAGUAACUGUGAUUGCAUACCCACCUCGAAUUACCAAUGGCCCUCCCUCUGUGACCUACGCUAAACGUGGAGUUGCUGUGCAGCUGAACUGUGUAGCAACUGGGAUUCCUAGAGUGGAGGUGGCAUGGGAGACACCUGAUAAAACCCGCUUGGCAGUCAGUGCGCAGCCACGCCUUUUUGGAAACAAGUAUCUCCAUCCACAAGGUUCUCUCAUCAUCCAGAACCCAACACAAGGAGACGCUGGCAUCUACCGGUGCACAGCCAGGAACGCCAUUGGCAUAGACUCUAAAGCUACAUAUCUCAAUGUGUUCUGAAGAAUUUCACUGUUCAUCAUAGUCAGUGAUAUACUGUUUGCCCACGAAACUGCCUAGUUUAAAGCAGCUAAUGUUUUGUAAUGAUCCAAUAUGUAUAAACUGCUGUCACAAUUAUGAAACAAUGAGUUGAUAAAACCUGCAUUGAAAGUGUGCUGUAUAGAGGCCAGAAGUUGACAUUUGGUGCUUUAUAUUUCCACAAUUUUGAGUAUAUUCCACAUGACUAGGAAAUGUCAAUGGACCUUCCUCCUUCAUUAUGCAAUUUAGCUUAAAGCUAAGCACUUGUAUAGUCCCUUCGGACUGUAUAUUGUCUUUUACCAAAUGAUUUCCACUCUACUAGUUAUAAUUGAUAACUGUACAGUUAUUGUUUUUCUCAGCCUACAAGAUAAUAGAGGCAGGCCAGACAUAAUUUUAGUGAAAUAUAACUACAAAAGGAACCAGCUAAAUUGUCCAAAAGCAACAAACAGCAACAAGUGGGUUUCAGGCUUGACAAAUCCAAGCAACGUCAGCUAGUUCUGUUAAAAGAAUUAGUGGAAACCAAUCACACACUUAAUAUAUCAUCAAAAAAUCUAAAUCCAACAAAGAAUAAAUAACAUCUUGUCUAAAAUAUAGUUAAUGAAUUGAGCUCAUUGAUGAACACAACUUAGUUCAGUGAUGUUAUUAAUUUUUGUCCCAAAAAAAGAAUUAGCAAAAGUAAAUACUUUCACUGGAGUUAAUGAUGGAUGAACAAAGGAAAUGGGUAAUGCAAUGGACAAUGCUAUUAUGAUGCAGCUACAAUAGAUCCAGGUUGUAUGGUUUCACAUUAUUAACAUAAUUGUGUAUCUCAGUCUAUAGACUACAUUCCCAUUUUAGUGUUGAUAGUACUGCGAUUAAAGUCUGUAAUUUUACAGUUUUUCACAUUAUGCAAAUUAGCAAAAGAUUCCAUCAUGGCGAACUCUGCCUUGACAUUGAGACAUUGAGAUGUAUAUCUGUGCCCAAUUUCAAGUUGUGUGAGUGUGUGUGUGUGUGUGUGUUACAAAAUUUUGCACAACAUUUCCGAUGAGAAUGGCAUGAGAUGAAAGAUAUUGAUGAAUAGGCCACACCCACAGUCAUCAAUCAAUAAGACGCUUUGUAUCACAGUUACUUAUGCAGUAAAGGGUGUAAGUGAAAUGGUGGUGGCCCAUGUGGAAAGGUACAUGGUGAGCCAAGAAAUGUGGGAGGGAAAAUAAAUUAAACAAAUUCUCCCUCUGUGCCAGUCCUGGAGUAGAAUAAAGGGCCACAUCCAAAUGAUAAACAAGUUUAUUAAUACCCAAAUAGUUGUACAAUAAAAAUAUAAACACCUAAAAAUGUUUUGCUUUCAUAAUUUCUUCAUCAACUUUGGUCUGAAGAACAAGUGGAAGAGUAACAGCUCGUUGCCUCUACAAUCCCCACCCAGUGUUUCACAUGGAAGCAAUUGAUUCUUUUACACACACACACACACACACACACACAAGUAAGCAGACACACAAACUAAAGCAAUUAACAGAAAACCACCCCUAAUGCUUUUUCCUUUUUUUUUUUCAUUAACUGAAGUAUUUAUUUUUACCAAUCCCUAGCAGUGGUGUGUAAAGUACUUUAUUUGUGACGGCACAGGAAACAGGGUCAGCACUGUCUGACUGCCUGUUAAUAUAAUUUUUGUCAGCAUAUCUUUCUUAGUUUCUACUAUAGAGAAUAACACAAGGAGAAUCAACAGCCAGUUGAACCAUGUUGGUCGUGGCUAAGGAUUAACAAUACAUUUUGAUUGUUUUUACGCUGAACACAAACUGUUUUAACAUUGUUUUAAUUUGGAUUUAGUUGUUGUCCAGUGUGAGUAUCUGAAUUAAAAGAAGUGGUCAUUCUUGUACCAAGACAUCGUUGUGCUUUAAUCAGUACAAGGAUUUUAUUGUGUAGAGUCCUGAUGGAUCCUUUGCAGAUGACAAUAAAAUAUAAACUUUUUCUGAA